CACACGGGAAACAGUUGCGCGAUAGUAAAGUGAAGCAUAUAGCGCGUGUGAAGUAUAUUUAAAUGGUGAUUGCAUAGAGAAGUCAAGUAUGCUAUAUCUGCUAGCAUAGUCUUGGUUAACGUAUCAACGUAUCAUUUGUGUUUCCUCAACAUGAGACUACACGUGCUGGUCUUGUUUGAAUUUGUUAUGUGUGUCUGCUUUAUAAAUACAGUUUUUGCAUAUAUGUUUGUCUUUUCAACUAAUAUGACUGAUGAUAACGGUAGAAUAUAUGAAUACAACUUGGAGACUAGAACUGUAUCAUAUCUAUUAACAAAUAUACAGAGUGACGUGUAUUCUAUCACUUACGAUUAUAACAAUGGAUAUAUCUAUUUUCCAAGACUUCACAAGAACGACAUACAGAGGUUUAAGUAUCCAUCAGAUCAACCCUACACAUCAGAGUUUGUGAUUAAUGCGAGUGUACCAAUAGGUAUUGCUAUUGAUCCGUUAUACGACCAAGUGUAUUGGACUGAAUAUAAUGCCGGAAAUAUUUAUAGAUGUAAUUUAGAUGGAUCUGGUAAAUCACGUGUCCUCAAUGAUGAUCCACUAUUUGCCCUAACAUUAGACUAUCAAAACAGAUGGUUGUAUUAUAGUACAACACUAACGACACCAAUAAGAAGUAUACAACGAUCACGAUUGGAUGGUACUGAAAUACAUACCGUGAUUAAAGAGGAGGCUUCAGAUAUAAGUAUAGAUUACAAAGACGAAAGAAUUUAUUGGAUGAACUUCGCGACAGGUGAUUUGAAAUCUGCUAAUCUAAACGGAACUGGUGACAGGAAAGUGUUUAGCACGAAUACGACCAUAAAAAACGUAGGCAUCCAUGUACUUGAUAGCGAAAUAUACUGUGUCAAUUUCAAUCAGAUACUUAAAGUCACAUUGUCACCAGUGAAAUCUGCAAGAGUCAUAUACCCAGGUACCACAAGGAUCUAUGGUUUAUUUGUUUAUAAGGAAAAAGGUAAAUACUAGCAUAAACAUUUACCCAACUUUUAGUUAAAUGAUCAAAUCUCACCUUACAAUGAAGAAUAAAAAAACAUGACUACACACAAAAAAGAGGGAAUCAAUUUUAAUAUACAUUGAGUGAGACUAAUGCACCAACUGAACUCCGAGGACAAUUCCGUUAGUUCAUAAUCAAAUGGCAAAAUCAAAAGCUCAAAUAAUUCAAACGAGUGGACAACGACGUUCCUGCUCCUGAACUGGUACAGGCAUUUCCUUAUGUAGUGAAUGGUAGAUUAAACCUGGUUUUAGACUAAGUUAAAAUUUUAAUCUUUUAUGCUAAAAUAAAUUAUCGAUAAAUCUAUGAUUCAAAUAAAAAACAUUUAUUAAAUUGAAACUUGAUGUACACCUUAAAGUCGUUAUAAGUAUUUUUCUAUCGAUAUAGUAUUGCAUUAAAUAAUAUAUGUAUAUGUGAGU